UGAAUGUCAAUUGCAGGCCCUUCACAUCACAUGGUGACUGUAACAUGGCUGCUGAAAACACUGCUGGCAUAAAGAUGUCUGCACAGAAAGCUCUUUCUGCCGUUUCUCCCCUCUCUCUGCGAAUUAUUGCUGAGUGCCCCGUGACAAAAGCAAGAGCUUGUGAUCUAAUACUGCCACACUGCGCCGUCAGCACCCCGGUUUUCAUGCCUGUGGGUACUCAGGGGACCAUGAAGGGAAUCACUGUGGAUCAGCUGGAGGGUCUUGGAUGUCAGAUAUGUCUUGGAAACACAUACCACCUGGGCAUGAGACCGGGGCCUGAUUUGAUCGAAAAAGCCAAUGGUUUACACGGGUUCAUGAACUGGAAGAGAAAUCUUUUAACAGACAGCGGAGGGUUUCAGAUGGUAUCACUUGUUGAACUCUCAGAGGUCACUGAAGAAGGGGUCAAGUUCAAGUCCCCCUAUGAUGGCAAAGAGAUCCUCCUAAGUCCUGAGAAGUCCAUCAGCAUACAGAACAGUCUUGGUUCAGACAUCAUGAUGCAGCUGGAUGACGUGGUCAGCAGCACCGUGACAGGACCUCGAGUGGAGGAGGCCAUGCACAGAUCCGUUCGCUGGUUGGAUCGCUGUAUAGCAGCCAAUAAAAAUACAGACAAACAGAACCUUUUUGCCAUUAUCCAGGGUGGGCUGAAUGCAGAUCUUCGUAAAGCCUGUCUAGAUGAAAUGACUAAACGUGAUGUUCCCGGUUUUGCGAUCGGAGGCCUGAGUGGAGGAGAAGAGAAGGAUGACUUCUGGCGGAUAGUCACGCUGAGCACGGACCACCUGCCUCGAGAAAAGCCUCGCUACCUUAUGGGUGUGGGGUACGCCGUUGACUUGGUGGUGUGUGUCGCUCUGGGAUGUGAUAUGUUUGACUGCGUGUUUCCCACCCGAACUGCAAGGUUUGGCUCUGCCUUGGUGCCUUGGGGAGCUAUACAAGUAAGAAGUAAGCAGUAUGCCAAGGACUUACAGCCUAUAGACCCAGACUGCCAGUGUCCCACCUGCAAGAGACAUAAUCGGGCUUACCUGCAUGCUCUUUUUAAGAGCGACACUGCCGCCAUGCAUCACAUCACCAUCCACAACAUUAACUACCAGCUCACCCUGAUGCGCUCCGUGAGACAGAGCAUCGUGGAUGGCCGAUUCCCUGAAUUUAUACAGACCUUCAUGAAGCGAAUGUUUCCCUCUCGUGACCAGUACCCCAGCUGGGCUGUGGAUGCUUUAGCCUCCGUCAACGUCACGCUGGAAUAAAACUUGGAAGGCGACUGUUUUAAUUCAGUGCGGGGAUAAAUGUCAAUCAAUGACUGACAUAUUUUAUAUAUUUUUAAGUGACUUUUUUAUGGAUGCUUGUUUUCUACUCGCUUGUUUACAUUUACUUUGCCACUUUUGUUGGUGGUGAGGAAAAUGGCUUUAGAUGUGAAGAAAUAAAGCCUGAUUGUCUUUUGUCACAACCUGA